UUCUCUACUGGUCUGGAAUGCAUAAGCUGAGCAAGGGAUUUUUGUGGCCGCACGCCCUGUGUGAGCAGCAGUGCCUCAGCAAGGACUGUCACUUCUGGGACAGCUGAGCUGGGUGAUGGCUUUGGCAGAGCGGCCCCCUGGGACCUCCCAUCACGGUGAACUCUGUGGCCGCACUAUUCACCUCCUGAGGAAGAUGCGCUCAGAUGUCGGUAGCCUCCUGGAGACCUAUAUUGAGAAACAGGGAUUGGACAAAAACUUCAAUCUUGACUCGAUCGAUGGUGUACCAACAGCCAGCACAGAACAAUGGACCGAGAAAUCAGAUGCUGAGCGUCUGGGAGACAACCUGAAGGCCUAUUGGGCGUUUAAGACUUUGCUGAAUGAGAUCCUGCAAGAACAGAAGGCUGACUUGACACCAAUGGAUGGAGCUUUCCAUGAGUCCAUCCAGUCGGUCAUGAUCCAAGUCUCUGCUCUGGCUUACCAACUAGAAGAACUGAUAGUAACGUUGGAGCACAGUGUGCCAGACAGACAGUUGGAUUGUACCAGCAACACUGGUGAAAAAGGCUUGUUUGAGAAGAAAAUAAGGGGCAUGAAGGUACUGCAGGAACUAGCUCAUUGGAUUGUCAGGUCUGUCCGGGACCUACACCAGAUCUCUAAGUCUGUUCAGAUGGACACCGUCUCACAUGCAAGUUGCCCUCUAGCUCAGGUCCAGAAAAAGUGAGGCUACUAUUCUAUAUUGGAUCCUUACCUUCCCAAAGGCCCUUCCUCACCCUCAGUGGUGGUGCACUAGAAUGACAUGUGGCAUGGACAGAAUGAGCUUUCUGAGAGAGCUGAAGCGAGUAGAGCUUUUCAGCAGUUGGUAUUUAUUUCCUUUUGGAGGAAUCCUCAGAUUCAAGCCCUUUAACCAUAUCCACUUUGCAUGUAUUAAUGCAAGCGUAUUUUUUUCAAGUCGUGACUUCUGGUGAACACAUGAUUGUUAAUUUAUUAGGGUUUCUUCCCCACUGUAUCUGAAGGGUUUUGGGUGGGAUGCAGUAUAGCUUUACAGCAACCUUCUCAGAAUGUAAGUUGUGGGAGAUCACUGGCCGAAUUUCAUGACCAACCAAGGAUUUAAACUUAUGAUUUCAACCUAUUUCCAGUCUGUUUGCUAUAUCACACUGGUUUGAUAUUUUCAUCAUAUGUUGUGCUAGCUUUUAAAGUUACAUGUAUGUAGUAGCCAUCAAUGGGAGAUAUAUUUGACCUGAAUUAAUUAAUGACAUGAAUAACCUUGUCAGUGAGCCAUCUGAAUCCAUCCUGUUUAAGUUGCUUGGGCAAAUUUGAAUUAUAAUUACAUUUUUAGUGCUAUGGUACAUGAUGCACAGUAGAGAAAUGUUUAGGUCCUGAGAGACUUAGUGCUUCUUGCAGAAUCCAUUACGCCAUGGCCGCCUUCAACUGAGAGAAUGCCAAGUUGGCCUGGAGAUCUUGAUGGAGUUCCACCUCUUAGAGAGGGUCAUGGUAAUAUCAUGACGUCUGAAAUAAUAUGGUGUCCAACAAAUGGGAUCUAGAGCACCCGUUCAGGUUAUAAAUUGUGCCAGUACAAGUUUCAGGUGAUAUCAAUCUGCAUUCCAGAAAUGUUUCGUUCUGAAUCUGGAAAUGAUGAAGUGAUGUAUCCCUGCAGAAAAGUGUUGAGGAAAUUCAUAAAAAUAAUUUCAUGUUCAAAGUUCAUUGCUAGAUAUUCAUAUCAAUUGGGGUGCAUUACAGAAGCGGCAAAAUAGUGAUGUGUUUUCUUCAGAACUUAGUUCUAAAUAUGCAUGUAUCUUGAAUGCUUUCUCUGAGCAGUAAAAGCAGAGCAGGAGAGUAAAUGGCGGUUGGGAGACAGCAUAGCCUGUAGCCCAGAAAAUUCCUUUACUUGACCUCCUUUGCUAACACUUUACACAGGGGAAAGCAUUUUCCCCUAAGUUUAUUUCUGUAAGAAAGACUUCACUAGCUUUUAAGAGUUCUGAGUUCAUUCAAAAUUAGAUCAAAUGUAACUGGGUAGAGAGAAAGUUGCUUCUACUCCCUGGAAGUGGACUAUCUAUUGCCAUGGACUAAACCAAACUGAUCAGGGUUUUGUUUUAGUCUUCAUACAUUUUAUUAGUUUUAUUUAUUUAAGGCCAGGAGUGAUACUUAUAUCCCAACCAUACACAUGUUUAUUUAAAAGUAAGUUUGUUGAAUGCAGUGAGACUUACUCCAACAUGAAUGAGUAUAGAAUUGUAAUAGGGCCAUUACUUAAAUGAAUUGGUGUUGGGGGGGUGGGAACAGUUGUUUCUUUGGGUAGGUGUAACUCCUAAUCCUAGGUGUGGAUUUAAGUCAUAAUGACUAAUCAUCCAUGUGGACCCUCCUUUAAUCCAUGCCCUACAGCUAUACAAAAAUUUUCUAAAGCAAGAAAAUUGUUUUAAAUACACUGGUUCUGUGCUUUUGGAGUAUUUGGAAUGAUUGUAUGAAUGCACCCACUGAUCUCGGCAUAUAUUAGUGUUCAACUCUCAGCCAAUUUUUUGGCUUCAGAAUCCAGCUGGGAUUCUCAGAUGCUGACAGUUAAGCCAAAUGAGUGAAUCUAGUGUGUUUGAGCCAGAAGAACAAAAUAAAGGUAUGUAGACCAGGCACUAGGAUUUAAUGAGUCACAAUUUUGAGUUAGAGGGCAAUAAUUUUAGAUGGAGGGAAGAGUAUUAACAUGAUGCCCUUGGGCAAAUGUGGGAAACUGAACACAGGAACUGGAGAUGCUGGGGAUAGAAUCUUGGAUCUUCCACACGCAAAGCAUGCAUUCUACCACCAAGCUAUGGCUCCUCCCCAGAGGUUCUGCUUAGUGCAGAAGAGGGAUCAGAUGGAGAUGUCGUUUGCAAGUUGUUACGCUCUUAAAUUUAAACACAUGUUUGUUUGUGGAGAAGCUCUGUGUAUGGAGGGGGUGGGGGAAGUCCUUGUGAAGGCCGAUUAGUAUUCUGUGCCAAAGUAACCCAUAUUCUGAAGCUCUUUAUCUUUUUCAUAGAUGCUUCUCAACCUUAGACAAGUCUCUCUCUUUUUCAGAACCUGGGGCAUUUUGGCAAGAAGUGGUGUGAUGACAGAAGGUAACAGACAAGUCAGGGGGAAAGCAAGACUGUGCCAGCUCCACAUUUUUAGGGACAGCAGGCAAGACAUCCUUGCUGCCAUUGUUGUCAGACUCCACACUGCUAUUCCUUGCUUCCUCUGGGCCAGGUGAGCAAGCAAGCGGCGGUGGUGAAGAGGAGCAGCAGGAGGAAAGGGGCUCUUAGCAGGUGCCUGGUCAUGCCAGCUCUUCACAUUGGCCCUGGAACAAUAGAAAGUGUGUGGGAAGAGGAGUCUGAUUAGGGCUGGGAUGGAUCUUUUGCACACUUGCUUGAGAGUAAAUCCCAUUGAACUCAGAGGGGUUUAUUUUUGAGUAAACAUGCACAAGACUGGGCCAUACAGGUUAAGAGGGAGAGCCAAUCAUUAUCAUGGUGGUGCAGAUUUUUGCACACCUUGUUGAGUCACCUUGUUUUGUGUAUGUGCUGGUGCGGGGAGGGAGAGAGGGAGGGAGGGGAGUGUUGCUUCUGCCUGUGUUCACACAGAGGCUGUAGACAUUCAACCAAAUGCAAUUCCUGGAGAAAUUAAAUCUAGAUCUAAAAAAGAUCUAGGGAAAGCAGUCUUAAUUUGUGAAAUACAUUUUUGUACAACAAAAAGAAUCUUCUCUUAAAACUGGAUAAUUUAGAGGAAACCCUCUAUAGUCCUAUAAUUGAAUCCAUAUUUGCAAGGGCUUCCUCUGAUGGCUAUUACCUACUACAUUUUAUAACAGUAUCAUUUCUGAUAAAAUAUAUAAUAAAAGGUAACAAGGCGGUAGUUGCCUUUUAUCUACUGAGCUGCUUCUAACUUCAGUGUUGAUAUUUAUUCAUUUUUUAAAAAUGUGAAGUGUUUCUUCUAGCAAAUUUUACACCGCACCUUUAGGAUGUAUGAAAGCUAAUGAUUGAUUGUGUUUCCUUAUUUUUAUACUGAAAAUUAAACUGAGAGAAAUGAAACCUAACAAACUCUGAGUUCUCUAACUUGCAAGCAUCAUGAAAAGCAUCAUAGCUACUUGAUGAUCAUCACUUUUCUCACUGCAAGAUUUAUUGUGUUUGGGAAAAGAAAAUAAUAAGCAGAUUUAUUGCACCAAAGUGUGUUAUAGUGAUUUUUAUUAAAUAAAAUGGUUUUAUUUUUA